UGGCUGUUCAGUGACAACACAACAAUAGGUGAAUGAAGUUCCCUACCGACGCCAGUGAAUAUGCGCUCACUCGUAGGUUUAGUUAUUGUUGUGACCGUAGCCAGCUUGUAUUUGUAUUCAUUGUCCCUGUACCUCCCCGCUGGACCACGUAGACGUGCUCAGCCCGGUACCAAGACAGAAAAUGUGGACGAGUCCGAGCUGCUCGGUGACACUUCAGAGGAGCCCAGCAGGUUGAAGUUCCCCUCAGACCUGGAGGAGCUCCGGGAACUGGCUGAGCUCCUGCAGUUUUACAAAACGGAGCACACUGGAUACGUCCUGCUGCUGUUCUGCAGCGCAUAUCUCUACAAGCAGUCCUUUGCCAUCCCUGGAUCAUCACUGCUGAACAUUCUGGCAGGAGCUAUCUUUGGACCAUAUGAAGGGCUGCUGCUGGCCUGUGUGCUGACGACGUCGGGCUCCACCAUGUGUUACCUCCUGUCUCAAGCUUUUGGGAAGCAGUACAUUGUGAAUCUUUUCCCUGAGAAAGUCUCCAUGCUGCAGAGAAAGGUGGAGGAGAACCGGGACUGUUUGUUCUUCUUCCUGCUCUUCCUGAGGUUCUUUCCCAUGACUCCCAACUGGUUUCUGAACAUGUCAGCCCCGAUCGUCAACAUCCCCAUCACGUUCUUCUUCUGCUCGGUCUUCAUCGGCCUCCUGCCGUACAACUUCAUCUGUGUGCAGACGGGCGUCAUGCUGUCCGAAGUGUCCUCGCUGGACGACCUGUUCUCCUGGGAGCGGCUCCUGCAGCUGUUGGCCAUCGCCUGCAUGGCUCUGCUGCCCAGCGCCCUCAUCCGGCGCUUCAGCCAGAGGCGGCUCAAACUGGACGCUCAAUCUCAGAAUGGACUGGUCACGGAUAAGAAGGUGCAGUGACUUUGUGCCGUACGAAUGGGUUUGUUUUAGCAUUCUGAUGCCUUCUGCUCAGAAGAGUAAAUGUAUUAAAAGU